UAUUUCGAACGAUAAACGAAAUUAUAUUCUAAACAGUACUUAAAGUAUUAAUAAAUAAGAAAACAAAUAUAUGGGCAACAGUCAACGGCUUUCACUAAACACUAAGCUUGUAUCACGGGUUCGAUGGACACAACAAUCCCAAAAUAUUAACAUCUGUGUGAUCACAAGAAGAAAUGUUUGAAAUUCAACCCUCCAGUCGAACCAGCGAACAGCUGAGCUUCUUUCGGCAUUUCUUAACAGCAAUGAUCGUUCCGAAAACGCAGAUGCUGUUGAGGAGGUGCUUGCCCCAAAGGUUAAGUCUCAGGCAAAGCCAGCGAAACCUAUGGCCAAUAGAUGCUGUUUCAUAAGCCCAGAUUUGCAAGACUUUGGGACACAGCAGUCAGUGGAAAAACAACAGGAUCCGGGGAAACAGUCAUUUGUGCAGCAGGAGCAGUACCAAAAACUAAUUCUGGAGCAGUACGGUUUCGAUCCAGUACUACCUGACACAUUAAACCAGCUGAAGGAAUUGAGAAAAGUGCUCUGUGGCAAUAGCUCCAAGGUCGAGAAUAGCUCGCAAUAUGUCUGCCCAGACGAGAAGAAUGUCGAUGUGGCGUCGGUCAACUCCGGAUGGCAAAACAUUGAGAAUGCUGACGAAAUUGAUAACUUCAUUAAGGAUGACAAAGAGAAAUUGGAAUCGGACACGUCGCUCCCUCAAAACGUGCACAUAUCCGAGAUACCGCGGGUGAAAAUAAUCGCUGAAAAGUAUUCAAAACUGAAGAAAAACAAUGUGGAAGUGAGACAACUUGACGAGAAAGUGGUGUGCAUUGAAUAUGACAUCUACAAGGGUAACAACACGGCUAAGCCGAAGCAGAAACUCAGAGCGUUUUUCGCUGUUAAACCUAUUAAAGGUAGCAAAGAUUACAGCAUAGAAAAUAUUCAACAAUUAACAGACAAAUUUGAUAUAAAGAAUGAGGACUUGAACAAACUGAAUCGCAAAGAAAUCGAAAUAAUCGACAACAAGAUACAGGAAAACAAACCGUAUCUAGAGGACUUACGACGUAUUCUCAAACGCAACCAGGCCAUUUACACAAAAAAGAAUAAAACUUCUUUAGAUUUAUUGUCUUUGUAUGAAAUGGCUAAGAAAGAGAGCCCGCCGGAUGAAAAUUUUUCGCAUACGAAUUUUCUGUCCAAAGCGGAGUUAGAGGAAGUGAAACAGCUGAUUUUGAAGAAGUGCACAUCGAGCGUGUACGGUAUAAACAGGAGAAAAGUGAGGUCCGAUAACAAUAUGACAGAAAAGGACACUGACAAUACCCUUUCAAAUAGCUUACUACAAGUUUUGCUGCAAGAAUCAUAGACGAAUAAAAAUGCGUUUUUUCCUGUUCAA